CUCCAGCAGAUGGCACGCACGGCCCUAGCGCUGCGUCACUGCAGAUGGAGAGAAAUCUGACACUGCCAGACACUCCCUUGCAAUAGCCAGGGGCCGAGCAGGAACCAGGAAAUACAAGCUCUCCCUGUCCAGAAAACACUUGUGCUUCAUGGAGGAAGGAGCGACAUGGGCAACCUCUGCAGCUGCGGGCGGCCGUGGAAUUGUCCUUCGCCUUUUAAAAGAAAGAAAGAAAAGCAAGGAACGAAUGUGAGACACGAGAGCCAACAGCAUCAGCCUGGCAGGACGGCUCCAGCAUACGAAGAUGUCCCGGAGUUUCCUGUCUAUGCCACUGUGAGUAAAGCCAAGGGUGUAAAGCAGGAUGACAGCAUUCAUUACGCAGACAUCCAGGUGUUUACCAAGGUCCGGGAGCGCUCCGCAGCAGAAGUGAAGAACUUACAAAUACAGAAUGCCACGGAGUAUGCCACCCUCAACUUCCCCAGGCCUAGGCUGAAAUAUGACAGUAAGAACGGGACCCUGGUAUGA